AUGGUAUCAUGUACGAACUUCAAAGUUAAAGUCAAUAUAGAUCAUGUAACACGAAUUCUUACUGAUGUAUUUGAUUACAUUGAUAAAUUAUUAAAUGGUUCUAUUAAUGCAUCAAAACUAUUAAAACUACAGUCUGUAAAUUUUGAUGAUAUGAACAUACGUCAUGAAGUUACGAAGCUUCUUAGUAGUACUACUGGUCAAUUAAACACGAAUGAAAAUCAAAUUGAUCAAGUAUGUGAAUAUCUUCAAAUGCAUCAGUAUUAUAGUUUUAUACCAACACUUUUAAACUGUAUAACUACCUUUAAUAUUAUUAACGAACAUGAUGAUGUUCUUAUUAAUUUAAACACAUUGAUUAAUGAAAACAGAAACACUCUAAAUGAUAUAUCUGCCAUAAAUAAAACUUUAACGGACGUCUUCAAUGGAUUACAUAAUCAACAUAUGGAAUUAAUUAAAACAGUUUUAAAUUGUUCAUCACUUAUAAUUAUGUUAAAAAAGUAUGAUUUAUAUAGUCAAUUUGGUCAACGUCGUUUUCUUGAAUUAAGAGAUAAUUUAACAGCACAAUUUCAGUUGCAAGAACGUAAUAAUCUUGUACUUAAUGCAUUCAUCAUUCUUCACACUGUGUGUGAACCAUUUUGUAUCAAAGCAAAUUCAUUAGAACAAUUUCUUUCUCGAUUGUACAAAUUGGAUAAUGCCGAUGAAGCAUUAAUUCAAAUAGAAAUUUGCUACAAAAAUAAUCAGAUGAUUAAUAUUUGGUUAUCGAGUGAUGUGAGCACAUUAGAAAAUUCUAUCAUCAUAAUGGAACAUCUAUAUAAAACUGGUAUAAUACACGUACAUCUUCAACACCUCAUUAAUCGUGAAUCAUAUUUUGAAAUACAAUAUCAUUUAGAAAAGACAACUGAAGCUCAUAAUGAACUGGAAAUUGAUGAGCAACAAACAACGAUGAAAAAAACAAAUCAUAUUAUGACAAUGUCUGAUUUUGCUGAUCACAAGCGUCAACUUACAUUUUGUAAUGUGGAUUUGAUUGAUAUAUCUGAGAAGAGAAUUAUGCUGUUGGAACAGUUGAAAUUGUUUAAUACAAUAGAAACAUUAUUUUCAAUUCUAACAAAAUUAGAAAAUUAUGGUCAUCCACAUUAUCAACAUACAACAAAAACGUAUAUCAUCGGCGAUGAAUCAAAAGGAUUAGCUUAUCUGUUACAAAGUUUAAAAGAUUUUAAUCGAUCUACACUUAUCUACUACAGUAUUGAUAAUCAAGAUGAAUAUUUUACAAUGAAACAAGAUGAACUAAAACUAUGUCUUGAAAGUUGGACUAAAAAGUUUGAAUCAAUAUCUGUUACAUCACAAUACACACUUGAUGAAUGGAUUCGAAUACUCAAUCAAUAUAGAUUUUCCAAUAAAUGGCUUUAUCUCUUAUCAAAUCGUCAAAUAAUGAUUAUGUCAACAUUAUUAACAUCAAAUCAAUCUCGACGACAAUUUUUAUCAGAGAUUUAUAAAAAUUAUAAUUGGAAUGAAAAACCUGAACAAAUGGAUGAUCGAGAACAAAAUUUAGUGAUUGAAUUUAUUGGUCAUUAUUUAAGACUAAUACGAGUUAUCAGUUAUCAACCAGAAACGACUGAUAUGAGAACUCGAACUCGUAUUAAAAAUCUACUCAAAGAAUGUUAUAGUCACACCGAUACUACUGGUGAAGAUCGUUUAAAGAAAAUAUGUGAUUUUAUUAAUGGAGCUUUAUUAUCUAAUGUUGAACAAAGUAUGUCAAAUUUCGAAGGAGAUUCUAUCAGUAACAGAAGUAAUAAUUCAACGACUACAACAGCUAAAGAACAAUACCUAAUUACAUUACUUCGAAAGACAAAUCAUGACUCGUUGUUAACAAAAGUUGAUAAUUGCUUGGAUUUUGAAACAUUGAGUAUUGUCUUUACUCUUUACAAUAACGAAUUACCAGCUGCUUUUCAAAUUCUUUGGUGUACAACAGCAACAGAAGAAGAUAUUUUGUUAUUCUUUAAACGAGUUCGUACAUUUAUAAACAAAAUUUUCAUUGUUCUUGAUAUUGACAAAAUGUCUCAUCGUACACGUGAUAUAUUAUUGCAAGAACAAAAUGAAUUGUCAAGAAGAUCCGAGCGUCAUGCACAAGUUUACUAUUUUUCAUACUCUUUGACUUGUAGGAAGGGUAUGCGACAAUGGUUUUCUGCACAAUCACAUGAGCCUAGAACAGUGAAAUCAAUACUAAACCGAAAUUAUUUAGUGACUCCUUAUAUCAGACCUAAUAUUGCUGUUAUUAUCGGAAAAUCGAGCAUUGGUAAAACGCACAAAAUUCGCAUGGAACUACGGAAACAAAAUGCUAUUUCCGUCAGUAUUAAUGAUAGCAUUAACUUGUCAAAAUUAACAAGUACAUUAAUAGCAUCUUCACUUGUUACUAACGAAGAAAUCAUAAUCUACUUCAACAUUUCGAGUCAUGCACCAUUCGAUGAACUAAACCGCAUAUUCUUUUCCUUGUUUGUAUGCGGAACAUUAAUGGAUCCAGAUACUGGCAUCGUAUUUUCUUUAUCGGAAAAUGCAAAAUAUAAAUUUAUUAUUGAAAUACCUUAUGUUGAUAGUACGCACUUAUCCGUAGCAAAAAGUUUCGAACAGACACUUCCUCUGUUAUCAUUAUUGUGUUCAACUAAUAUCGAAGAAAUCAAUGACGAUAAUUACGAAUUACAUAUUGGAAAAAACGAAGAAUUGGUUGCUCGUUUCUUAAAAGCAUUUUAUGAUAAGAAUAUUGAUCAGAUAUCAGUCAAUGAUGAACCGAUCGUAUUUCCAAUGCUACGUGAUCUCCAAGACUGUCGUACACAAAUAUACAGAGCAAUGGAUGGGUUCAACGAUAAUAAAAUAUUUAUACGAAGUUUUGUACAAUUUCUGUCUCGUCGUUUUCAAUUUUUUCUUACACAAUUCUAUCAGCUUAAUACAGAGCGACCAAAUCUUGGCUCAAUAGUUAUUCGACAAAUGAUAGAAGAAGCAAAAAGUCUCGUACACAUUGAUUUCAAAGAUGAAAAUUUUCGAAAAGUUUAUUUAAUUUAUGAUCCAGGUUUUUCACUACAACUACUUCAUACAAACUGGACUAUGGUACCUGAACAAAUAAAACAAUUAUUCAGACAUAAUGAUCCUUUGACACGAGAACUUUAUAUCGGUAAAGAUCCAUUUCCAAUACUGCUUUCUUGGUUAUUGAAUAUAUCUCCAAGUUAUUUCUUCGAUUUAUUAGACAAGACAAAAUUUGUAUUAACAGAAAUUCUUGCGUAUAAGUUAUUUCAUCUGCAUGAAAGAAAGUUAACACGCAUGCCGCUUAUUAUUGAGGGGGAUACUGGUGUGGGGAAAACGUUUUUGUUACACUUUUACUCGUUGUUGUUAAAUUCAAGACUUAUGAAUGAUCGAGAUCUCGAUAUCGCUCCAUGUCUGCUAGAAAAAACAAACUUGUGGUUGUUAAAAGAUGUUCUUGAAAAACUUGAUACAACAAUUGUUAGAGGAAUAGUACGAGUAUUUAAACCGCAUAUUAUAUUUAAUCAAAUCACCGAAAAUGAACUAAGAGUGAUGAAUACAACCGUCGAUAAUUUUACUGACGUUGAAAUUAAUUUGAAAAGUUUGGAUGAAGGUAUAAAUGUAAAUGAAGGCAGCAUUACAGAGAAUAUGAAUCAGAUCAAAAUCUCUUUGCAAAACUUCUUGUACUCUGCAGGAGAUCUGCAGAAGCUUUGGAAAGUUAUUCUUUUAGUAACAGAAUAUUAUGAAUCAAGCAAUACAUAUUGUGCCAAUACUAUUGAUGAUGGUGAUUCGUCUACACUGUUGGAUACAUUAAUGUCAGAUUUACGUAAACAUAUUGAAUUAAGGCUGUCAUCGACACACCUUCUCAUGGGCAGUUCAUAUUUACAUCAGUUGGUGACAGAGAAGGAUGUAAAACUAAAUAUCAAAACAAGCAUCGAAAUGUUCAAUGAAUUUAUUUCACGUACAACUGUGAAACCAUUAUUCUAUCGGUUACUUCUACAUCCAGGUUUGUUUAAAGAAAUGUUUAUGGACAGAUCUCUAGAUGGUCAUCCGUUACCCGACAACAUUUUUUUCACGGCUGCUAUUAAUCCAUACAAUACAAACAAUACAGAUCAAAUAACAAUUGACAAUACAUCCGCGAUUCAUCGAUCAGAUUAUUUGGUAAAUGAAUUACCAGUCGCAUUACAAUAUUUAAAAUGUGCAUACUCAGCCCUUCCACCAUCUCAAUUGGAGGUAUACGUUCAACGGAAAAUUACCUUGUUCAACACAGAAAUCACUGGGAACGAGAAUCUUAGAGAACACUUAGAAAAAAUUUUACGCAACGCCAUAUUAUUUGCUCAAAACUUUUGUUCUGAACGAUUAAGUAAAAACUCUGUUAGCCAACGUGAAAUUGAACGAUGUUUUCACAUAAUCAAUUUUUUCUGGUCAACAGGUGAUAAUAUCACAGACACUCGUCACAGGCUACGUCGAAGUAUAAUAUUAGCUGUCGCUCUGGUCUAUUAUCUUCGUUUACCCACAACAGAAGAUCGACAACAACAAAAUUUAAGUGGACCAACCAGAGAAGACUUUUCCAACGAUAUUUCGCGUCUAAUACCUAAUUUUGGAAAAAUUGUUCAGCAAGAACUGGAAAGUUUUGUUACAACAGAAAAUUUUCUUUUCCCACCUGGAGUGGCAUUAAAUCAGGCUGUCCGAGAACAUAUUUUUGCUAUUGUUGUUAGUAUAGCAAACAAAAUUCCGCUAUGUAUUAUCGGUGCACCAGGGCAAUCAAAAACGCUUAGUUUUCAAAUUGUUUUACAAAAUCUUCAAGGAACACAACUUUCACCAAAACAGUUUUGCACCAAGUUCCCAUCAGUUGAUGCUUUUUUUUGUUUGGGCUCCAAAUACAGUCGUCCAGAAGAUAUAGCUGCAGUUUUUGAACGUGCUAUCCGACGUGAACAACAUUAUGACCAAAAUCGAAUAAAUACAAGGUGUGUGGUAUUUUUGGAUGAAGCUGGACUACCUGAUGAGAAAAAAAUGGUUCUAAAAGUAUUGCAUCCGUAUUUAGAUGAAUGUAAAGUUGCAUUUAUUGCCGUCUCAAAUAAAUUGUUCGACGCAGCAAAUGCAAAUCGAAUGAUGUGUGUAUUCCGCUCGUUACCUUCAAAACAAGAUCAGCUUACUCUAGCAUUUGGAUGUCUUGGAGUACAAUAUCCUCAUAAUGGUGUCGAUGAUCGUAUAGAAAAAAUCGUUGCCGGUCUUUGUACAGCAUAUCGUCAAGUACUUAAAUCUGAAGCAAUUCCAAAUAUAUUUCAUGAUCGAGAUUUUAUUUAUUUGUGCCGAGAAUUACGUUUCGAACUGAAUAGUAGUAUUUUAGAUGCAAACACUGAUACUGAAAUUUGGUCAUCUAGUCAAAAUCGAAACAGUUCAAAUAGUAUUUUUCGUUCUUUCCCUUCAAUCAGUUUGUUACGUGCUUUAGAAAACAACUUCAAUGGUAUAUCUCAGGAACAAUUCAGAAAAUUAGUAGAUAUUUUCUUUAAAUGUAUAACCGAAGAAUGUGGUGUUGUUUUAUUAUCGCCAAAAGAAACAGAUUAUCGUAAUGUAAUUACAGUGUUACGUGAAGCCAUGCAACUCGAAUCAAGCCGACGACGUUUAUACGGUCGGUAUAAAUUAAUUAUUGACGAAAGUGAAGAUGAGUCAGUUGCACGUUUAUUAUUUGAAGUUGGCAUUCUUAAUUCAAAUGCUGAAGACACAGUAAUAUUUCGCAUGUCCGAUUUCGAAGCAGAUAUUGAUAAUGAAUUAAAGAAUGUCGAAUUAUUAUCAACAAUCAAACUGUGCAUGGAAAUAGGAAAAACAAUACUAAUGAUUAAUACUGGUCGUAUACAUGGCGCAUUGUAUGAUGUAUUCAAUCAAAACUUCAGUAUUAUGGCUACUGGUGAUGAACGAAAAAUAUUUUCUAAAGUAGCUAUUGGUGCCCAAACAGUCGAUUGUGUUGUGCAUGAACAAUUUCAGUGUAUCGUCUAUAUAAAACGAUCCGGAUUACGUGAAACGCCGGCACCAUUUCUAAGUCGAUUUCAAAAAUAUUCAUUUGGCAUUAGUGAUUUUUUUAAUAUUCAGCUUCAAAAAUUACCACCAGCGUCACAACAACUCUUGAGAAAUGUUGAAUCAAAAGCCUUAUCGUUUGUGCAUCACUUUGAUAAACAGUAUUUCUAUGGUUUUACUGACAAUACAUUGUACUCCAUUAUGUUGACACUUAUCAAAAGCAUAAAAUCUCAGUCUAUUCAAGCAACUACAUCAUAUAAUCCACAAGCUGAUGACGAUAACAACAGUCAGUCUUCUACAACAAACCAACGGCAAUUACAAACAAGUGAAAAACCUGUACCAACCUACGAUACCGAAUUGAAAACAUUCUUGAAUACACGUCAUUACACUCAGCUAACAAUUAAAUCCAAACGGGUUAUUGAGGAAGAUCCGUUAAAUGUACAACAAUGCUUGUUACGUGCAGUUAUAUCAAAGUUAAUUCAACUUGUAACUCCUGAAGCUCUCAUUUUAAAAUUACCAUCCUUUGAAAACUCUGUAUCAAAAUGGAUAUCUAAAGAUUAUUUUUGCAACCAAGAACAUUUUAGUCUUUAUAAUUUUGUUCGAUUACUUUUAUCUUCAUCAGACCAGAUAGAUGAGUCAUGUUAUGUUCAGUCGAGCAAUCCCCUAAACACAUCAGCUAAAAUAACAAUAUUUACACGAACAACUGCCUACAUAGAUGGUUUAAAUCAAUCUUCAAAAAUUGAUUUAUUCGGUGAUUAUAGUAAACGGAUAGAUGUAUUAAAUGUGGCAUCAAUAGAUAAUGCAAAGGAUUUAACAAGAGCAUUAGACAAUUUUAAUAAUGAUAUUGCCAAAGAUAUCUUUUUAAUUGUUAUAAAUGGACGAAGUAAUGCUCAAAAACAGCACAUAGCUUUCGUACGAGAAUCAGUUGAUAAAUUUGAAGAUAGUGCAAAUUCCACUCGUAAUAGUUCUAGAACACAAUCGGUACGUCCAAGAUUUCUUUUUGAUAAUCACCAACAACAGCAGCAAUCACAACUUAAACCUAAAUAUUUUCUUUUAUUAUUGCAUGUACCAUCACAAGAAUUGUACCAUCAUUCUUGUUGUUCAAGUAUUUAUUUACACGAUUGGGAGUUUUAUUUUUUUGAUACUUGUACAUCAGGAAAAGAAAUUCAUUUACAAAAAAUGUGCUGGACACUAUGUUUAACAGAUGAAAGAUCUAUAGAAAAUAAUGAAGAUGAUGAUAAAAAUAUGCUUGGUGAUUUUGAUAAUUUAUUUGAAGAAGCAUUAUGGAAUUUUUGUAGUCGAAUGCCAAAAUGUAUACAUGACCCGCCAACAAGCAUAAUACAAAACCCCAAUGUUGAUGAAUUCUAUGAAAAAAACAUUAGUCUCACUAAGCGCGUACACUAUCUAAAAGAGAUAAUAAAAAUUUGUUCUGAGUUGCAAGAAAAUCUUGUUAGUACAUAUCAUAAACGUAUGGCAAAAAACAAUCAAACAAUGUAUAACACAAUCUAUCAAAUUGCAAAGCAGAUUCUAUGUGGACAACGAUAUGAUGGUCUUGUAAGUUCACUUAGGACAGAAAUAGCCAAUUCAUUUACUAACUAUGUUGGCUUUAUUUUAUGUCAUAUUGUUAGCGAUUAUGGUUUAUAUGCAAUUUCAAAAACACCACAUAAUUAUAAAUUGAUGGCUGAUCUCAUUGAUUACUCAUUUUUGGAAUCAAAUGACGCUAAUGACAUGAAUUCAUGUUUACCAGUGCUGCAUCAGUAUUCGUGUGUUCCGAGAACACUUUUGUACUCCUUAUUUCAUGCACGUAUCAAGUUUCAUGCAGAUAAGUUCAAAAUGGCAGAUGAUAUUCAAAACUCAGACAAUCUACUAGAAAAUGAUGAUCAGUGUUUAUUUUACAAUCAGUUAACAACAACAAUGUCUAUGGAUCAAAAAAAUAAGGUUAAUACAAUUCAAUACACAAAUAUAAAAUUUCGUGAUUGGCUUUAUCGAGCAAUCGUAGAGGACGAAAUUGUUAGCGACAUAAUAAAGAACUUAAACGGAGACUUGAUCAACUCUUAUUCAUUUGACUUGGUCAAUAUAUAUUGUAGCAUAUUCGAAAGCGAAAACGAUGAUGUUAGAGAACACGAAGAUGCAAUUGAAUUUGUUUCGAAAUGGUUACAACUAACUGAUCAAUAUGACCGUUCUAUGAACGCAAACAAUGAUAGCAUCUUUCUAUUAUCUCAUGUAUACGCAUCAUUUGAAUAUAAUAAAAAUCAUUUAAUUUCGUUAUAUGUUGCUUGUCGUGUACUCAAACAAUUAAAUGCAACACUUCUUAAAUCAACUUUAUAUAACGAAGGUAUGAAACGACUACAAUUUGAAGAAAAUAUAUUUUAUGAAAUGUUUGAAUAUUUAUGGAAAACAUUAAUAGAAUUACGUCAGAGUCCUGGAGAAUAUUUAAUAUGGCUUCAAAGUUAUUUAUUUAUUUCACGCUAUUACCCAUCGGAAAAAGUUCUUCAUAGUACACAAUUACAUACUAUUAAAUCACAAAUUGAAGUUAUGCAUUUAUGUUAUCUUAUUUUCAUAAAUGAAAAAACUCCAUCCCCAGUUGAUUUAAUUCUUACUGUUUUACAGGAACAUUCAUCAAAUAUACUGUUUGAAGAGGGAUGUUUAAAUGCAAUGCCUCUUAUAAUACCGAUGAUAACAAAAUAUUUCUGUUCAAAGUCACUGUUACAAGAUUCUGUUACAUUAUUAUUUGAUGUUAUGCAAUGGAUACUUUCUUUAUUAACGACUAAAGCCGCACUUCUAGGGGAAGACAUAGUCAAUGAUAUUGAAAAUGUAAUGAAAAUUCUAAAUGAAUCUAACCAAUUAGACUUCUCAUUUAAACAAUUUCUGUUUGAUAAAACUUCUCAUAUCAUUGUGAACCAUAUGGAUAAGCAAGAUAUACAUUAUGAGCAUCGGUGUCCACAUCAAAUACUAAGUAUAUUAUUACCAAUUGUAGUCAAAUGUUUGUCACUUUCAUUUACUGAAGUGGAUACAAAUGGAUUCUCUUAUAUACCACCCUACCAUCCAUUCGUAAUUGUAUCCGAUGGUAUUAACAUCAAUACAUUACAGCAACAGUCGUUAAUUAAUUUACUUUUCUUCCACAUUCGAAAUCAUUUAAAUAAUUAUAGUUUCAAAUGUGACUUUGUUGAUUUAUUAAUGAACCAUACUACUUCACCAAUGACAAAUAUCGUAGCUCAUAAUACUGUGAUAGCAACAAUAUACGAAUCAAUUAAAACAUAUUUAAUAAUUGAAUGUACAGCUUGUUUACUCUGUGAAAAUGAUUAUGAUGAUGAUUCUGUCGAAUGGUCUGACUCUAUUAGAUGUUUUUUGCGCGUGUAUGUUCCUAUCUCAAAACAACAAAAUGCUUUUGACCAUAAUAUGAAACAGUUUUUAUCGACAAUUCUACGGAAACGUGAUUGGAAUUAUCUUAUAAAUUUGUUACAAUCUAAUUUUUUACGCACAAUUCAUAAUGAAUGGUCAACAAAAAUAUCUGAACUGCUUAGUAACAUUCAAAAGUUAAGAAGAAAUGAGGAACGUUUGCACGUGUAUGAUCAACUGGAGUUUACUUUAUCGACUAAUGCACCGAGUUGUUCUGCAUUUUCUAAGUUACAUCAACCGUAUACAAAUAUCAGUAAAAUAUUUGACGAAUGUGCAAACAAUAAAAGUGAAAGCGAUAACUGGACACCAUUAUUCACAUGGUGUCUCGAGCAAUUAUCGCUUGAAGAUGAACCGCUAUUUCCAAAUGAGAUAAAGAUGAUGCUGUUUUUAAAAAUUUAUUAUGAUUAUUAUUGUCACGAAAAUAUUUUAAGUUUGUCCAAUCUCGUAGAAUCAUUACAAAGUGUACAACAACUCGAGCUCAUCGAAGAAGAACUACGUGUGUUUAAAGCAAUAUUAAUGCCAGAAACCUACAUGAUUGGUUACAAUGAUCACGAAGAAGAAACUAAUGCAUUAAAUGAAUUGUUUAAACUAACUUUUACAUCAGAAGAUGAAUUAUGUAUUCGACAUGCUCUAUUCAAUUUAAUGGCUGUAAUUCUUUUGACAGGUGAAGAGUCAUUUCUUUGGACAUUUGCAUUUGAACCAAAUAAAUUGUAUAAAACAUACGGUUUUGGGUCAACAGCAAGUAAUGGCAUCAUGGAACAUAAUGUUCAUUAUGACUGUGGAUGUAUACUAAGUGAAAAUGGUGAUCUUAUCCAUUUUUCCACUACAAAUACUCCUGUAAUUACCGUGCCCACCGUAUACGUCGCUUAUUUUUCUACAUUCGGUGCAAUGGCAUGGCAUUUAUUAUUAUAUCCAAAUUCUGUUCAGCAACUGAAUGGACCCAUUUUAACUUCGACAGCUAUUGAUUCAGAUGUAGAAGCUCGUUUUCGAAUUGCUGGCACUUCUGUGCGUACACGUACUUGCCAUUUUGUUCGUGCACGUCUUCUAGCCACAAUGUCGUUCUUAUCAAUAUAUUCUAAUCGCAACGAUGCACGUCUAUUACUAAAUCGAUGUUUUGAACAAUUUGCAUUCUUAAUUGUUGAAAAUCAAUCGGACUGGAUUAAACCAAUUUAUUCAACAUUAGAAGAUGUUCGUAAAGCAGAAGAAGAAUUUCAAAAAGAAGUAUUUUAUCAUGUUCAUGGAAAAUUAGGAGAGCAUAAUGCUUAUGUAAAUCGAUUGCUUUUGCAAUCAAGUAUUCAAAUAGAUUUACAAGAUUAUAUGAAUAAAUUACCUGUGCCAGUUAGAUAUAGGGACUUUACUACUCAGCUUAAUAGACAACAGAAAGAUGACGGUACUCCAUUAUCUUUGCUCAAAACAUUUUUGAACUCACGUGAUAGCCUAAAAAUAUCAGUAUUAGUCUAUGAUUUAGGUCGAUUUUAUAUUCUAAUUCAUCAAACAUUCAGUCAACUAAUUAAUGAAAAAGACUUUCAGAACAUCUCAUUAGAAGAGUUUCUUGUUAUUGGUAAAAAACGAUUUAAACAAAAUGAAAAAGUUUAUGACGAAAUUGUUGCUAAGGGCAUUGAAGCUUUAAACCGUUAUCAUUCAUUCACAAAUGGCUAUAUUCAACCUGGACCAUGUAAUUUAACUCAACAAUUUCCAGAAAUUACACUUACAAGUUCAUUAAAUUAUUUAACAACAAUGCGAAAUAGUGACGAAAAUGACAUUAUAAUGCGUAUUCUUCUUAUUCUUGCUGAUUUUAAUAAUAAUCUAUUAAACAUGUUAGAACAGGAUAUGGACAAAAUGUACGAAGUAGAUAGUAUAUUGAAAAAAUUACUUGAUACGUUUAAUAAAAAAACAGUAUCUAUAUUACAAAUUACUAACAAUCUGAAUGUCACUGGUAUAAUUUCCCUUAAUGAUCAAGGUAGUAUGGAGAUUGAACGAUUAGCACUUGCCUCAUUAUGUUCAACUACAAACAAAGGAUAUUAUCCAAGUACAGAUGAACAAUUAAAUUUCGAUUUCACUUAUGUACAAUCUUACCUUGUACGACGUUAUUUACUUGGUCACGCCAGAAUUGAUUAUCGGCGUAUACAUCACAGAUAUUUAUGUUAUAUUGAUGAUAAACGAAAAGCUAAUGGAAAAGAACUGUAUACGAUAGGUGGCUUAUUUUCGUCUGUUUUGAGUACUCAACAAUUAGAAAAUGAGUGGAAUGAUCUACAUUUACUUAUGCUGGACAAAUUGUAUGAUGGACUUAAUAGUUUAAAACAAGUUGCGUUAAUGAUUAAAGAUGUAUUAAAACAAACAGAAAUGGGCAGUACAGGUGAUAUUCAACAAAAAAUUAAUCAUACAAGUCAACAAUUAGCAUCAAUGAAUGUGUAUGAAUUUAUUGUACAUCAUGCACAAGUAGAAACACAUUUGGUAGAAAUGUUACAAAAAUGUGAAAUAAAAGAUUUUCCACUAUGUUAUAUUGAUAACAUACGAGAGUUAUUUGAAAAACAAAUUGGUAGUUUUGAACACUUAUUUACAGAUAUUCCAGAAUUAUUGCGUAUUCCAGCAUCAGACGAACUAAGACAAAUUUUGUCGAAUAAUUUUGAUGACAUUGGUCCGGAUGUUAAAUCAAAUAUACAAACAAUAACUAGUCUAUUAGAUGAUUUAAAGCAAAUACAAGAAAUUUUAUUACAACAAUCAUCGAAAUCGCUUGUAGAAGUUUGUGAGAUAAUGAGUAUAGAUAAUCCACUAUUAACAUUUAUACCACCUGAUAUUAAAUGUGAAAAUUAUUUAGCAAUAUGCAUAUUUUUCAUUCAACAACGUUCAAAAUUACAACAGUACGUUAUUGAUAGAGAUGAGAAACGUUUUCAAGUUUCCUUAGAAAUGUGGUAUGAAAAUGAUACUGACAUUCCAAAAAACGAAAUGAAUCAUUUUGCCAAGUUCUUAGAGCAAGAGGAAAUAAUGGUUAAUUCAGAUAAUAAUUCAAACGAUUAUUUGAUUAAUUUUAGUUUAUACGAAGGUAAAACUAUGAAUAAUGUGACCGUUGAAGAACGAAAAAGUUGGAGAAACUAUAUGGACGCUAAACAAGACGAAGACAAAACUCAUCCAAAUGAAAUUCAGAUUAUUCCUCUUCGUACAGAAAACAGUAAGCCAAAAUUUACACCUGUUUCUACUAUAAAUUCUUUAUUUGAAAUAUGUUUGAAAUCAAUCAGUUAUGCACCAAAUCAACUCAGCGAAUUCAUAGCACAACUUGUUUCGAAAGGAAUCAAUGAUGCUACAGCUACUGUUGGUGCCGGAGCAAAAACUUACACAAUAAAAUUUCCAAAUGAUUCACCACCCCCAUUAUCAGUCAUAUCUAAAUUGGAUAAAUUCAGUGAAACUAUAAAUAAAUUAUUUUUAAGGCAUAAACUUGAUAAUCAUGCUCUCAUAGAUGCCGAUGGUAUUGUGAUUGAUCUUUCAGCCAACUGUCAACAUAAACAUGUUUCACUUAAAUGUCAGAUUGUUGAAAAAAAUUAUUUAUUACAUGUUUAUUUUCAUUUACCAGACGAAGAAGUAACAGAAUAUUAUGCAAAGAAUGAUACCCUUAUUGAAACGAUUAUAGUCAAACUGCUUACUAAUUAUUCAACGAAAGUCGAUAUAUUAAAUGUUUGCUUUACAGAUCACUAUGGACGCCGUCUGAAUUGUGGUUCAAUUGAUAAUAUUCCUCGAAUAUCCGAUACUAAUGAUAUUCAUAUUAAUGUAGAACCAAAAGAAGCUUAUCUUUUGCAACUCAGUAUUAUAAAACCGUCUUCUUUUGGAAAUGAUAACAUUUCGAACUUAUUUGUAUCAACAACUAAAUGGCAACAAUUAUACAAUUAUAUAAAACAUGAAUCAGAACUUCGUACUGAAUUGUCCACAACUGAUUUUUGUUUUUGGAAUAGAAAACAAAAUCAUUUAAUCGAUAAUUUACUGACAAAAAUACUGAUAUCUGAGGGCAAAUAUGAUCAACACGAAGUCAGUUUCUUAAUCGAUGGCAUUUCCAAUGAUGACGUGAUAAAAGUUUGUAUAGAAUUUGACUCUGAAACCAUCAUGAUUUAUACUCUUACGUCAGUUUUACUGAGUACCAUGCUUGAAAAUGAAUAUCUAAAUCAACGAAAUCUGUCCGUUGAUGAUAUCACAGUCAUGCAUAAUCACGAUAUUAUUCAUAAUUUUCAACAACCAUUAUCCAACUUUUUAUUCAAAGAUUUAGAUCACACAGAUGGUGAUACGGAUACAACAGAAAAACAGUCGGACGUUGAUCUACUUUCAUUUCAGUUAUGUACAUUGGUUACUAUCACCUUAUUACAAAAUCAGCGAACUGUGCAAAUUCCUUUGAAAACCAAUAGUAUGUCAGUAUCAAAGGUUAUUCAAUAUGUAUGUGAAAAAUUAAAAUUAAAUGAAAAUGAUAAAUUUUAUUUAGCUACAAGCUUGAUGGAUAUGGUUGAUAGAAAUUCUCCUUUAGAAAAUAUCAAUGAAAGGAAAUUUUUUCUAUUAAAAGAAAAUGAAACAUGUUUAAUAUCAAUUAGAAAAGAUGAAAAUAUUGAAUUAUUGAUCGAUAUAUCUGAUACAAGCAACUAUUUUUAUGAUGAGAAGAGAAUGGGUCGUACGACAACAAUUGCCACCGUACGAGAAGUUUUCAAAAUUCAAUCGGAUCAGAAUCUUAUGUGUGAUAAUGAUUUUGUACCAUCGACAGAAACUGUAAUUACAACAUUAUUGCUACCAAAUGUAACAUCACUCACUUUCACUGUAGAUAGUAGUAAACGUUUUCCACUUCAAGUUACUUUAACAAAGAAUGAAAAGUUCCUGAUUAAACUUAAUUGUUCCGAUAGUAUAACAUGUGAACGACUAUGCGAAAUCGGCUGUUUAGUUCUACGAGAAGAUUCAACGUUGUACGACUUAUAUUUAUCCCAGUGUCUAUUAGACAAAUCAAUUACACUUAAUGAAAUAAACGAAGCGAAUGAGUCAAAUGUUAUAAGUAAUGUUAAUGAAUUUAAUCUCGUUUGUACUGCUCAGACAAAUUGCUUAGUCGAUUUUAACCUCGAUAAUGAUAGUAUUAGUGGUAUUCAAAUUCCAUGUGAAGCCUCAAUGCCAGCAAAAUAUGUAUUUGAAACAGCAUUAAGAAAAUUAGAUCAACAACAAGAACAGUCUGAAUUAGCACUCUACUACGAAAACGAUAUCUACACCGAAUUAGAUCUCACAAUUGAAGAAUUAAUAAAUGCAUUACCACCCGAAAGAUCUGUUGGAGAAAUACUUCGAUUUACAAUUAGAAAAUGA